GGAUCCUGGAGCCUUGAACCCGUUAACCCGAAUUCAAAGUCUCUGUCUUCCUUUCUUAAAAGUCCUGUAUAAAACCGAAUCUGAUGCGCCAAAUACAAGGCCGCUAAUUCUCUGUCCUAUAUCGAAACACCCACCUCAGAUUCCCUCAAAGAUGAGACUGUUGAAAGUCGCCACCUGUAAUUUGAACCAAUGGGCGAUGGAUUUUGAUUGCAAUUUGAAGCACAUUAAGGAUUCCAUAACAAGGGCAAAAGAAGUUGGUGCUGUCAUCAGGCUCGGACCCGAGCUUGAAAUCACUGGCUAUGGCUGUGAAGAUCAUUUCUUGGAACUCGAUACAGUCAAUCACGCGUGGGAGUGUUUGAAAGAAAUACUUCUUGGUGAUUGGACGGACGGCAUAUUGUGCAGCAUAGGAAUGCCCAUCAUUAGAGGAUCAGAGCGUUAUAAUUGUCAAGUUUUGUGUUUUAACCGGAAAAUUGUCAUGAUAAGACCAAAGAUGUGGCUUGCAAAUGAUGGCAAUUACAGGGAGCUUCGCUGGUUUACCACAUGGAAGCAAAAGGACCAGCUUGUAGAAUUUCAGCUCCCACCUGAAAUUUCUGAGGCCUUAUCACAGAACUUAGUGCCUUUUGGUUACGGAUACAUUCAGUUUUUGGACACAGCUGUUGCGGCAGAAAUUUGUGAAGAGCUUUUUACUCCUAAUCCUCCCCAUACCGAGCUUGCAUUAAAUGGGGUUGAAGUUUUCCUGAAUGCCAGUGGGAGUCACCAUCAAUUGAGAAAGCUAGACCUUCGACUUCGUGCUUUUAUAAGUGCUACUUAUACUCGUGGAGGGGUUUACAUGUACAGUAACCACCAGGGCUGUGAUGGUGCACGGCUGUAUUAUGAUGGGUGUUCCUGUGUUGUUGUGAACGGAGAGGUGGUUGCUCAAGGCUCACAGUUCUCCUUGAAGGAUGUUGAGGUUGUGGUUGCUCAAGUAGAUUUAGAUGCGGUUGCUAGUUUAAGAGGAUCCAUAAGUAGUUUUCAAGAACAAGCAAGUUGCAAAACCAAAGUCUCAUCUGUAACUGUACCUUACAAUAUUUGCAAACCUUUUAACCUGAAAAUGUUACUUUCUAGUCCACAGAAGAUCAUGUACCAUUCUCCUGAGGAAGAAAUAGCAUUUGGUCCUGGCUGUUGGCUAUGGGACUAUUUAAGAAGAAGUGGAGCUUCUGGUUUUUUGCUUCCUCUUUCUGGUGGCGCAGACAGUUCCUGUGUAGCUGCUAUAGUUGGAUGCAUGUGCCAACUUGUUGUCAAAGAAAUUGCAAAUGGAGACGAACAAGUUAAAGCUGAUGCAAUGCGGAUCGGGAAUUACACUGAUGGAAAGUUUCCAACUGACAGCAAGGAAUUUGCUAAACGUAUAUUCUAUACGGUCUACAUGGGUUCUGAAAACAGUUCCGAAGCCACGAAAACACGGGCUAAGGUAUUAGCAGAUGAGAUUGGUUCAUGGCAUCUUGAUGUUUGCAUAGAUGGUGUUGUUUCAUCUCUGCUAUCCUUGUUUCAGACUGUUACUGGAAAAAGACCACGUUAUAAGGUUGAUGGGGGGUCCAAUGUUGAGAACUUGGGAUUACAGAACAUUCAAGCUCGAAUUAGAAUGGUGCUAGCUUUUAUGUUAGCAUCAUUAUUGCCCUGGGUUCACAACAAAAAAGGGUUUUACCUUGUUUUAGGUAGCUCCAAUGUAGAUGAAGCCUUACGGGGUUACCUUACUAAGUAUGACUGCAGUGCAUCAGAUAUAAACCCAAUUGGUAGUAUUAGCAAACAGGACCUUCGGACAUUUUUGCGGUGGGCUGCCAAUCAUCUUGGUUACUCAUCCUUGGCAGAAAUCGAAGCUGCUCCACCCACCGCUGAACUGGAGCCCAUUCGUUCUAACUACAGCCAGCUGGAUGAAGUGGACAUGGGAAUGACAUAUGAGGAGCUAUCAGUCUACGGGAGGCUGCGGAAAAUUUUCCGGUGUGGUCCAGUAUCAAUGUUCAAGAACCUUUGCUAUAAAUGGGGUGCAACAUUAACUCCAUCAGAGGUGGCUGAUAAAGUAAAACAUUUCUUCAAAUACUAUUCCAUCAACCGACACAAAAUGACUGUAUUGACACCUUCAUAUCAUGCCGAGAGUUAUUCGCCGGAGGACAAUAGGUUUGAUCUGCGUCAGUUCCUUUACAAUGCGAGAUGGCCAUAUCAGUUUCGGAAGAUGGAUGAACUGGUGCAAGAGAUGAAUGGUGACAGAGUUGCUUUUAAGGAAACAGGUGAGGAUGGUGGUACAGCAGCAGGUGGUGGUGGGAUGGGAGUUGUAGCAGCUGCCUCAGGCAACCCCAAAGCUGGAUUUUAAUCAAAACUAUUGGGGAGUUGAGUAGAAAUAAGGAUUGCUUACAAUUUUUAUUUAUGGUGUAGUAGCACAAAUUUGUUUUUAGUUGUCCUGUUAUUGGCGCAGUCAGUUCACCCCCAGCCCCAAUCUGUCUAUCUUUUUUUCAAUUUAAUUUAAUAGAUGUCGUGUACAAUAAUAAUAAUAAAUUACUCGAUAGAAAGUGGAAAUUGAAGUGUUCAAAACACAUAAUAAGAAAGUUGAUUUUCUUCCUUUGUUUUUAAA